AUGCCUCUCCUUCCGGAAAAGAAGAAUGUCGAGUCGGUCUUUUCCGUUGGUGAGGUGAACGUUUUCCUCAAAGUGUGCAAAGUGCAAAGUUUAGCGCGAGUGACUAAGGACCACUUGUUAUACGUUUGGCGUUACCGGAAAAAAAGGAAAUAUAGCCAGGAAGUUAGCUGCGGAUCAGGACCACUGACCCUAAUCGGAGUCUAUCAAGCUGCCGGAAAGAUUGGGUCGAGAAAAAGAGGAAAAUCUCCGCUUAGGGUCCCGGCAGCAGCGUUUGCCUUCGGGCGACGCACAAAUCCAUUGCGUUUGGUUAAGUUCUAAAUCAAGAGCUUUUGCUUGGUUCUUAGUUUGAGCAAGAGCGAGAGAGCAAUCGACGUC